AUGGGGGACGAAGUACCGCAUCAGCUGCUCUUCGAGAAUGUGUCACCUGCGACGCGUCUACUCGAAAAGAGGAGGCAAAUGUACUAAGACGCCUUAUACAUCAUAGCUGGUUUCUCAGUUGUAUACAUAGAGUUUAGAUACCAGAUGAACGAAUUGCAAUCCUAGUCCUACCUUGAUGUCCUCUCGUUACACGUAUACAACUAACAGUAGUUCAACUGUAGUUCAACUACAACCUCGUUGACCGUUUUGCUGUGACCUUUCGCUUCCGCUUUUUCCAGGUAUGAGGUGCAGGAUGCAUUAGAAGCGCAGAAGACACGAUUUUCGCAGGAGGAAGAGGCAUUCCAAAAGAAGGAGGUUCAAUUGCGAGCUAAGGAUUUACAGUUGCAGCAGCAGCUCAUCAAAUUCAACAAAUUUUUGCAAGACAAUGAGGCGAAGAGAAGAAGAGCUGAGACUAGGUACUAAUCUCAAACUCUCACGUGCGCAUCGACGUUGCCAGAACUGAUUAUUAAUUUAGAGACUAUCUUCAUCACCUCCUUCUCCUUGUCAGUCCACCUUGUAGAGAGGUCUGCUUACACUUCUGCGCAAAAUGAAUCCUGUUACUGGUGGAUACUUUCAUCUCUAAAAUUCCUAGUACAAGAACCCACUCCUCCCACAGGGCCCAAGAAGAGCAAAGCCAGAUCCAACAGAAGGAGGAAGAAAUAUCACAACUGCAGAAAAGGUUAGACGAAAGUCAAAACCUCUGCCUCGAACUAGAAGAGGAUGUGUUGAAGAAUUUGAAGUACGAAGAAUUUCUAGAGCUGGUGAAGGAAAAUUCGGACGACUAUAGCGAAAUUCAAGACCUGGUGACGAGGUAAUCGAUUAUUUCUACUAAAUCUAGUUGUACUACUAAAAAGAGCUCUUCCCACUCAGGAAAUAUUUUUUUCUACCAAAAAAUGUAGGUAGUACUAGAAAAAGCUCUUCCAUCCACUUCCAGACAUGAAACUCUCGAAGCGGCGCACAAGGAUUUGAUGGAGAGUCAGCAGUCAGCGGAGAGUGGCAACGAGAACUUGAGGAAUGAAUAUCAUUAUGGAUGGAUGUUGCCGCUAUUCACUUCUUUUGGAAUAAUGUCGGUUCAAAUAUCUUAGCUCUUAUUCUUGUAGCCUAUGCGUAUGCAUGUCUGAUGCGCUCAACGUCAUGAUGAUCACCUCGUCAUACCUCUCAUCAUCACACUUCUCUUGAUCAUACCCCACUAUCAUAUUUGUCCCUCGAAGAAGAGAAGAUGAACUUAAACUCCUAAAUCUACCUCUAACUCCCAAACUACCGCAAGGAGAAAGCGAUGGAAGUUUUGGCGUUGACGAACAAGACAGCAGCUCUGCAGGCAGAACUAGAGGAACAAGAGAAGCAGUGUUUGCAGUUGGAAGCACUUGCGGAGAUGACGCGCCAAGAGGAAGCACAGCAAAGCCUCUUUCUGGGACAAAUUAUCAUGAGCGUCGACAACUUGUUUCAUAGAUGUACUACUUACUUUAAAAAUAUUGUUCACAAUCACAACACACUAUGUCUAUGGCUUUGAGUUCUUUGUCCAAUCUUAAUCUUCAGGGACUUUCUUAUCAUGUCGUGACUAGUCCAUUCGAGGACGUGCAUUCUUGACACGGUAGUUUGAGACAGCGAAUCCCUGACAUCAGGUAACCUUAAGCGUCCUGGAAUUCAAUAUGCAAACGAGCUGAGUGAGACGCCGCAGCAAGUGCAGGUGAUCCAGAAUGCGGACUCCUACGCACCAAAAGUGGGAUAUGCUAUCAAGCAGCUCUACGUGAUAAAGCAGUACAUCAAGGACCUGCGCGACGUGCAAUUAUGGAAGAUGCCAUUCACAAUCAUUGUCAUUGUUCACAUUUCUUCUCUUUAAGAACGCAAUGCAUGCUGCUAAGUAAAAAUUUCGAGGUAUAACUACUACUUCUAGUACACCUCCUGUCACCUGUAGAAUAAGUUGUUAUGAAAGAAAAAAGUGCACUCACACUCAAAAAAAGUGGCUACUUUCCUACUUAAAUCCUAGCCAAUUUCUUGAGUGUGACUGCACUUUUUCGCUUCAUAGUUGUGACCACAGUUGUAGAGUACUUUCUUGUAGUACUUCUGCUGCUAAGCUGGAAGACAAUGGACACUGAUUCUUGAGAUGUAGUACCCCUUGACCAGGCACCAUGUCACGAUGUCACCAUCACCAUCACCAUCACCAUUAAACUCUAAUCCAAGACAGCAUCCGAAAAGAAGGCAAAGGCCGUAAGCAGCACACAGAGGAGAAAGACUUCGCGACGAAAAUUUCGGAGCCAGAGUUUGUCUUUGAACGUGUUGCGAAAAGCUAAGUAAGUAAAGACGAUAGGAAAAAGGAAAAAGUGACAGACGACAGUAGGCUUUCAAUAACAGACGAGGAAACUCCAUCCAUUUCUGAUAUCGUUCGUGAAUUCCAGGCCUGGCGCUUGAAACCUUCUACUACGUUGAUGAAAUUAAACUACUGCAGCUCUAACUCGGGAAUCGUCAUACAAAAUAAGGGUUUAGAAUUUCUGUGGAGUGGUGACAUCUUCUUCUUCUUCUGUGAUAUCUGAAAAACAUUAGGGUGCAGAGGGUCCAAGCAGGACCUUUUGUUUUGAGGCACGCAGGAAAUACGUUAAUUUUCGGUGAGGUUCUUCUUAUACAUAGUUGCGUCCUGAUGUGUGUGGAAGUAAGGACGGCACUGGAUAGCCAGGGUUUUCUUAUUUACAUGCCAAAUCUGGGCAUAUGUUUCUGCAGCCGACGCGGCGGGUGCCUACUGCUAUCUAGAUGUCGAUCCUGCGUGCACAUGAGUCGCACUUACUUAAAAGAAAACGCAAGUAGAUAGAAAACCAAAACAUACAUUUUUGCAUUAUAUAAAAAAAGAAGACACACACGCUCACUUUUUGGUUAGGUUCAUCUUAUGAUUGCGUGCUUUUGUACUGAAGCAAGUCAUGGCCGUACCUACUGGAUAGCCAGGAUUUUCUGUUUACGUGGCAAAUCUUUGUAUUUGUUUAUGCAAGCGACGCGGCGGGUGCCUACUGUUAUCUAGAUAUCGAUCAGUGCGCUACGAUAGUGUGUUGCGAGACCCUUUUAGAGUAUGGAGGUGAAUGAAGGUACACCAGAAAGCUAGCCCAGCCGAUAUAUGUAGUGUUGUGUCUGAAUGAAAAAAGUCAUUCAGCUUGCGCCGACGCAAGACCCUGGGGCUCUCUCGCUAUUCGCACUCCCUCUGUGACGAGAUUUACCAGUGACCAACAAAGAAACGAUACCGACCUCUCGCUUUAUCGUUGUUACCUGAAAUCGCGUAGAUUCCGCAGAAAAAUCAACGAGGUAGAUUUGACGCGCUCCAUUAUAUUGCUCUGUGUUGGAGCGUGAGACGUUUCGUUCCAG